AACUCUUAAAAAUUAGUAGUGUUGAAGUCGUGGGUGAGCAUGCUCUCACAUUUGCUUUGAAUUGCUGCUAUUGGAGUAUUUGUAGACACAGAAAACCAGAAACCAACCAACCUCACUCAAUCCAAUCAUUAAACGGCAUGACCAACGAAUACGAUUAUCUCUUUAAACUCCUCCUUAUCGGAGACUCUUCCGUCGGAAAAUCAUGCCUUCUUCUCCGAUUUUCUGAUGAUUCUUAUGUGGAUAGUUACAUAAGCACCAUAGGAGUUGAUUUUAAAAUUAGAACAGCGGAGCAGGAUGGGAAGACGAUGAAGCUGCAGAUUUGGGAUACUGCUGGCCAGGAGCGGUUUCGUACGAUAACCAGCAGUUACUACAGAGGAGCACAUGGAAUAAUUAUUGUGUAUGAUGUCACUGAGAUGGAGAGCUUUAACAACGUGAAGCAAUGGCUGAGUGAAAUCGAUAGGUACGCAAAUGAAUCGGUCUGCAAGCUUCUUGUGGGAAACAAAUGUGAUCUAGUUGAGAACAAGGUCGUCGACACACAAACAGCUAAGGAAUUUGCAGAUGAGCUCGGGAUCCCUUUCCUUGAGACCAGCGCAAAAGACUCUGUAAAUGUGGAACAAGCUUUCUUGACGAUGGCUGCUGCGAUCAAGAAAAAAAUGGGUCACCAGCCAAUGAGCGACAAGAAGUCAGGACGCACAGUGCAAAUCAAAGGGCAACCAAUUGAGCAAAAGAGCAAUUGUUGUGGUUAAUAGUUAAUACCCGUCUUGUGUUUGCAUUUAAUUUUAAACAAGCUAGUGAUCUCAGUCAUUAUACAUUCGGUGUUAUCUUUCUUACAUUGUUCCCCUUUAUGGAUUUCUACAAAAUACAGUAAAAAGAAAUAUUCAUCA